GAAUGCCAAACAGGGUGGAAAGAAGGACUGUCGUGACCUUGCUCUGAACCAGAAAUAAUUUGAGCCAAAACAUCACAGCAAGUUAUCUUAAUUAGUCAAACGAGCGAGCAAGAUGCAGGGCCCGUCGGUUUUCACCAAGUUCUUCAAGGCUGUCAGAAGAAUAUGUGCACUGCUUCUGAUGACUCAUCUAGUGAUUCCUGUGCAGGGAGAACCCGUUGUAGCGUGUGGCAGCGCGGGGGAGAGCCUCGCAUGUACAUGCCGGUUUCGGUACGUCUCCUGCAGGCUUGGUGACCUGACUGAAGUACCAACCGGUAUGCGAGACGACACCAUCACCCUAGAACUCUGGGGGAACAAGAUCACGUCCAUCCCGAAAACGGCGUUUGUUAAUCUUACCCGGUUGUACAGCAUAGAUCUUUCUCGUAACAAGAUCUCGUCUGUUGAGGUCGGCGCUUUCGAUUGGCAAGCCGAUUCUCUUUACCAACUUUCUUUAAAUAACAACGAGUUAGAGACUUUGUCGGUUGGCGUCUUUCGAAACCUUUCAAAAUUCAGUUUCUUAGACCUCGACGACAACUCGAUAUCAUCCUUGAGCGUUGGGCUCUUUCGGGGGUUGCCAAAACUAGUGUCCAUUAGUCUCAAUGGGAACAGGAUUUCAUCUUUACCCGUGGGUAUUUUCGCGGACUUGCCAUUGAGUGAACUAAAAUUGGCCAGGAAUAAAAUAAAGAACAUCGACAACAUUCUGCCUGCCCUACCAUCCGAACUUUCGUCUUUGGAUUUAAAAGGUAACGGUUUAGGGAAUCUAAGAGCCGCUGUGUUCAGCGAGUUGCCCAAACUCGAGUCCCUUAAACUUGAAGCAAAUGAGAUGGAUUCUCUUCCGAAAAACCUUUUCCUUGGCCUCGACAAGUUGAGUGUUCUACGUCUUGACCACAACAUGUUCGUGGAGCUCAACCGGAGCAGCUUCGGUAGCCACCCUUUACUGAAACGCCUCAGUUUUGCUAACAAUUCCAUCAACGUAUCCAAGAAGUUGUGGGAAAUCGGCGUUGACUGCACGUGCGAGUGGAAACCCGUGUACGAUUGUCCAGAGUUUUCCUGGUUCGAUUCCAUCGUGACAUGUCUCCACCAAGUCGUUCUCGUCAAAAUAGAGAGAGCCAAGAAAUUCAAGACCAACAAAAGCAUCGGGGGACACAACUGA